GCUAUUUUGAGUCCAAGGUCGAUCCGGAAUUGGCUGGAGCUUGUCUCUCUUGAGUAGAACGCUCCCCGCAGAAGGCAUUUCUGCUGUCGUGACAUCAAACGCCUGAUCCGGAUCGAAACUCGCCAGCGGCGCCUCCAGCGAGACCAAGCAGCCAAAGAGCAUUGAUUCAUUCCCAGCUGACCAUGCUCGUCCUCGUGAUCGGAGACCUUCAUUUACCGUACCGCGCCCAUGAUCUUCCACAACGUUUCAAAAAGCUGCUCGUUCCUGGAAAGAUCCAGCAGAUCAUCUGCACGGGCAACAUUUGUGACAAGGGGACGUAUGACUAUCUGCGGACGAUAGCCGGUGACGUUCAUGUCGUCAAAGGCGACUGGGACGAGAACCCACACUUUCCUUCAUCUCUUCUGCUGCAUCACCCGCCGCUUCGGAUAGGUGUCAUGCACGGGCAUCAGAUUGUGCCGGCAGGCGAUACGGAUUCUCUCUCAGCACUUGCGCGUGCGAUGGACGCAGACAUCCUCAUCACGGGCCACACGCACAAAUUCGAAGCUUUCGAAUUUGAAGGACGCUUCUUCGUCAACCCAGGGAGCGCGACCGGAGCCUGGCACAGCGCAUGGCCGAUUGCUGACGAGGAUGAGAAGCCGGGUGGAUCAAAGGCCAAAGAGGAGGGGGAUCCCAAGGAGGCAGCCCCUGAAGCGGCUGCGAAGGAAGAUGGAAAAGGGGAGUCUAAAGCCGAGUCGAAAUCGGAUCCGGAAGCCAAAGCAGAUGAUGGGAAAGCGAGCGAGCAGAAGGGCGAGUCAAAGCCGGCAGAAGGCGCCGAGACCGCUAAGGGUGAAGGUGCCGAGAAGAAGAGCGGGGGGCAGCCCCAAAAGCCAGCACCCGGUCCAACGCCUAGUUUUGCACUGCUCGAUAUACAGGGCACGACCGUAGUCACAUAUGUCUACCAGCUCAUCCAAGGCGAGGUUAAAGUCGAGAAGAUCGAGUACGAUGGCCGGCGAGGUGCACGGUGAUCGGGGAAAUGCUAUUACAGGUGCCAACAAUUUGUUCAGUGCAAGUAGUGGAGGUCAUGCCAGAAGCGCUGAGAGGCGCAGUGCGACCCGGACUCGCUCGUGCCAGGCGUUGCACUCAACCGACUCGAGUAGAC